AUGUCUUUUUUAAAUUCAUUAAAAGGAUUUGGUAGAACUAGUAAGAAAAAUAAAGGCUCACCUACGAGAGCUUCACAGGCAUCUGUAGCUCAUGGAAUAUAUGGAACACCGCAGUCCAACGGUUCAAGAUUGUCAUUUAGAAAGGGCCGUUCGCCUACAAGAAGGUCCGGUACAUCGCAGCAACCACAAUCCCAACAGCAGACUACCCAGCAGUCACAGGUUGUAACAGAUAAAAUAGAAUCUCAGCAGGUGAUGUUUCUAAGUGAGCCAUUUUUGCGGACGGCUCUAGUGAAGGGCUCAUUCAAGACAAUCGUCCAACUGCCCAAAUAUGUUGAUGUUGGGGAAUGGAUUGCUUUGAAUGUGUUUGAGUUCUUCACCAAUCUGAACCAGUUUUAUGGAGUUAUAGCAGAGUAUGUGACGCCUGAUGCUUACCCUACUAUGAAUGCAGGGUCUAGGACAGAAUAUUUGUGGUUAGAUGCUAACAACAGGCAAGUAGCUCUUCCUGCUGGUCAAUACAUCGAUUUGGCUUUGUCUUGGAUUAACAAUAAGGUGAAUGAUCAGAAUCUUUUCCCCACCAAAAGCGGUAUUCCUUUCGCUCAAAAUUUCAUACGAGAUGUUCAAAGAAUCAUGAUACAGAUGUUUAGAAUAUUUGCUCAUAUCUAUCACCACCAUUUCGAUAAAAUUGUCCAUCUCUCCUUAGAAGCCCAUUGGAAUUCUUUUUUCGCACAUUUUAUUAGUUUUGCAAAAGAAUUCAACCUUAUUGAUAGGAAAGAAAUGUAUCCAUUAGAACUAUUGAUUGAAAGUCUUGAAAAGCAAGGUAAAAUAAUUUAA